AUGACCAAAAAGAAGAGAGUGGUUGAUCCACUGUCGUCGUCGUCGACAUCAGUCCCCGAACCAGGUGUGGUCGUCACAUAUCUGGGUAUUUUUGUCUUUCUUUUACAGUAUCCUUAUAUUUUCAUAAUUCUUUUUAUUUAUCUGUUUUGUUACAGAUUCCAUUCUAAUAAUUCAUUAAUUUCUUUCUUUCUUUCUUUCUCUUUCUUUUUUCUUUCUUUGUUCUUUGUUCUUUCUUUCUUUCUUUCCUUUUUCUUUCUUUCUUUCUUUCUUUCUUUCUUUUUUCUUUCUAUUUCUUUCGUUCUUUUAUCUCUAAUUAUUCUUUCUUUUCUCUUUGCAUUCUAUUUGUUCAUUUCCUCUUUCUUUCUCUUUUUCUUUCUUUUUAUGCAGUUUUUCAUUUUUUCUCGCUCAUCUUUUUACUUGUCUUUCUUUCUUUCUUUCUUUCUUUCUUUCUUUCUCAUUUCUGCUUCCUUUCCUUCUCUUUUUUGCCUUCACUUCCUUCUUUCGUUUCGAUUUCCUUUCUCGCCAUUUUUUUUUAUUCAACUUGAUUUUUAA